CAGCCGGUUUGCCGUCUCGCUCCUUCUAGCACCUCCGCCUCCGCCACCGGCGAGGCGAAACCCUAGCUCGCCUCCAUGGACAGCCACGGCCACGCUUCCGGCGGCAAGCCCAGGCGCAAGCGCGGCCGCAAGCCCAAGCCGCCGGCGCCCGACUCCUCCGGCAACAACCACAACCACCUGCAUCACCACCCCGCGCCGUCCUCGCCCCUCGCCAACGCCGCGGUGUUGGACUCCCCCGAGCCCGAGCCGGCGUCGUCCUCCCCCGCGCCGCGCCGCCGGGGCCGCAAGUCCCGGCGCGUCCGCAACGAGCCGCCCUCCGAGGCCGAUGCCGCCCACUCGCCCUCGCCCUCUCCCCCGCCGCGGCGGGGCGGGCCCAAGGGGGCGCCCAACGGCGGGGCGGAGGCUGCGGAGCCGUCGCGGUGGGAGCUGGCAGGGAAUAUAGUGGAGGUCCCCGCGGCGAUGGAGCCCGUGCGGUGGGAGCAGGUGGUGAAGGUGGUGCCGUCGAUGGACGCCGUGGUGAAGGUGUUCUGCGUCCACACGGAGCCUAAUUUCUCGCUGCCGUGGCAGCGGAAGCGGCAGUACAGCUCGAGCAGUAGCGGGUUCAUCAUUGGGGGCCGCAGGGUGCUCACCAAUGCCCAUUCCGUUGAGCAUCAUACCCAGGUCAAGCUCAAGAAGCGUGGCUCCGACACCAAGUACCUCGCUACUGUCCUUGCCAUAGGAACUGAGUGCGACAUUGCAAUGUUAACUGUCGAGGAUGAUGAAUUCUGGAAAGGGGUUACACCUUUGGAGUUUGGGUCACUGCCAGCACUCCAGGAUGCUGUCACUGUUGUUGGUUACCCAAUUGGAGGAGAUACUAUCUCGGUGACUAGUGGUGUAGUAUCUAGGAUUGAAAUACUGUCAUAUGUUCAUGGUUCUACAGAGCUUCUUGGGUUGCAGAUAGAUGCGGCUAUAAAUUCAGGAAAUUCAGGGGGGCCUGCUUUUAAUGACAAGGGUAAAUGCGUUGGUAUAGCUUUUCAAUCUCUUAAGCAUGAAGAUGCAGAGAACAUAGGCUAUGUUAUACCAACCCCAGUUAUCAAGCACUUCAUUGAAGACUACGAAAAAUCAGGAGAAUAUACAGGUUUCCCUAUACUUGGUAUAGAAUGGCAGAAAAUGGAAAAUCCUGAUCUCCGCAAGGCAAUGGGAAUGAAAUCUGACCAAAAGGGGGUUCGUGUACGAAGGGUUGAGCCAACUGCUCCUGAAUCUGGAUGCCUUCAACCUUCUGAUAUUACCCUUAGCUUUGAUGGUAUUGAUAUUGCCAAUGAUGGCACAGUUCCUUUUAGGCAUGGUGAGCGCAUUGGAUUCAGCUACCUUGUUUCUCAGAAGUACACUGGUGAGAAGGCGCGUGUGAAAGUACUGCGCAACUCAAAAAUCCAUGAAUUUAACAUAAAGCUAGCGACCCACAAAAGACUCAUUCCAGCUCAUAUCAAGGGAAGGCCUCCAUCAUAUUACAUUGUUGCUGGUUUUGUUUUUAUGGUCGUGUCUGUUCCAUAUCUUCGAUCUGAGUAUGGAAAAGACUAUGAAUAUGAUGCGCCGGUCAAGUUGUUGGACAAGCACUUGCAUGCAAUGGCGCAGUCACCUGAUGAGCAGCUUGUUGUGGUGUCACAGGUGCUUGUGUCAGAUAUAAAUAUUGGUUAUGAAGAUAUUGUCAAUAUUCAGGUUCUUGCCUUCAAUGGCACGCCAGUUAAAAACCUGAAGCACCUAGCAACAAUGGUGGAAGAGUGCAACGAGGCAUUCUUGAAAUUUGAUCUAGACUAUGAUCAGCUCGUUGUCCUGGAGACGAAAACUGCGAAGGCUGCAACUCAGGACAUUCUGACGACACAUUGUAUACCUUCGGCCAUGUCAGAAGACCUGAAGAGUUGAGGAAAGUGAGAUAUGUUGGCUUGUACAGCCAAAUAAUCCUACAUUUUUUUCUGGGACUGGGACAUGCUUCACAUUGUUGAUCAGUACACCUCCCGUCCCACGAGAAGCACUGCAGGAAAUCCAUUGCAGGUGAGGCUCCGAAGAGUGUAAACUGGAUUACAUCCCGCUGUUUGCACCAAAGGAAGCAUAGCAAGCAAGCAUAACAUACUCUCAAAAGUCUUAUCGAUUAGACUCAAUGGCGCAUCGGGCCAUUCAGGCGCAGUAGUAGGAUAGGUAAAGAACACAAAGUUUUGCUCGUGUUCCAUUUCUUGAGUCAACAUCAUCGAAGCCAUAAUGAGUACUGCAUAUCCCCAUUUGCCAUGGUUGGUCUGAGGAUACUUUCACCUUAGACGUGUGUGGUCCGCUUGUCGAGAGCAUACCUUUCUGUAUCAUCAUUUCUUUGUUGCGUGGAGUCCUCAAAGUUCUUCCCGGCAA